AUGCACCUUAAAGUGAUCUUAUCCCUGCUCCUGUGGCAGGUGCUCACAGUUUGCGCAGAGCCUCAGGAAAAACCUACAGUUUCCCAUACCAGCGAGCGGCCACUACUGGAGAAUCCAGCAUACGAUCCGACCAUCUAUCAUAAAUUCGUUCCUCAGGAUGCCGUUCAGCAGUACGUCCAUUCGUACUCCGGUCAUAACUAUCCGAUUGGAAACAAUCCAGCGUACGGACCGUUAUCGUCAUCAUCCUUCGAACCGACCGCCUACGCAGCCAUUCCGUCCAAAGGAUUCGAAGGUUACCUAAUUCCUGCACCAACGGCCCUAGCUCCGGCCGAGCGAACGACACUGUUCGGCUCGUUCCGUUCGCUCAUUCCGUCCGCCCGCUCGGUGGCAUCCUUCAUCGGUCAGCUGGUAUCGCUGGUGCUUGGAUCGGCCGGUGCCGUCGCACUCGGAACUCUCCUUACGGCGACGCUGUGCUUCUUUACUCCCUCCUUCUGUACGCUAUCGUUCCGAUCGGGCCGUGCUCAAGCGAUCGCAGAAACGGCCCAGGAAGUGGUCAGUGCCCUCGGCGAACAGGUAACGGCCGACCGGGUAAAGCGGGCGGCCGAGUUCGUGCAGCUGGCCAUCGAUAAAUUUCAGCGGCUCAAUGAAGCAGUGAAACAGGCCACCGAACUGAAGGCCGCCAUCGAGCCCAAUCUGCAAUGA